AUGGACUGGAAUGAAGGGAAACCCCCCGUGUCUCCUGCCUGGGAUGCAGCGAACAACCACUUCAUCGAGAUGGAGAAGAGAAAACCCAGGAGGCUGCAGCCGAAAGAUCCUGUCCCGCCUCGCACGAUCGGGAGGGUGGUAGCAGGCCAAGUGAAGUGCUUCAACCAAACGCUUCUUGACGAGGUCACGCGACGAACGCACGAGGAGGAGGUGAGGGAGGAGAAUGAGAAGUCGCAGCUGCGAGCCUCCAGGGCAUCGCUCAAGAACAAGACGAGGGAAGACAGAGCUCAGGCGUUGAUGGAAUGGAGUCGAGCACAGAGAGAGUUGCAGUUGCAAGAGGAGAACAAACGGCGAUUGAUGUUUACGCAGAGGCGAGCGAUGAAGCAGAAGAUCAAGAAUGAAGAAAAAUUUCAAGAAAAUUAUCAUACCUUGAAAGAAGAAGCAGAAACCUUCCUCGCCGAUUUGGAUGAAUACCUUCACAACAAGCAUAUCGCAUCACAACAGAAGCGCAAGGCAUUGUACACAGAAUGGAAAGAAUGCGUUUUCAACAAGAUUCAAGAUCAGUUGUUGGAUAAGAUUGACACCAUGGGGGAGGAGGAGAUUGCUGCCAGGCGCAGAGACUUGUUCCAGAAAUACAUAGAUGCGGCAAGUGCGAAAGACGGAGGUCUGUUCCUCGAUAUAGUCAUAGAGAACGAGUACAACCCCUUUGCCUGGAAGAAACACACCUUAAGGUACCGUGCCAAACCUGCUAAGCUCUCCAACGGCCCAGGCUUCACAGAUCGCUUCGGCAAUCCCGUCCCAGACCCCAUCAAGCGCGACCUGGAGAAAAUGCAGGCAGAAGCCAAGGCAGCGAGAUCAGUUGGCGGGGAUGUUGUUCUCGAGCUCGAGGAAGAGAAGAUCGGGCGCGAGAUCCUGCCGCUUGAUCGCUGGUCAAAGAUCGAGGCUACUCCCUUCUUCGAUCGGGCCGCAAAAGUGCAGGAGGCUAUAGCCUCCGGUCUCCCAAUCCCACCUCGAAAGGGAACGAAGUCAUCGAUCGAUCUCAAUGACUUCCAGUUCCCCACCAGCGGACAUGCGGUGACGAGAGAAAUGCAGACAAUCUACGGGAGGGGAAAGAGAUGUAACAAGCCACAGGAUCACUCUUAGAAAACUUUCUACGUUUCU